CGCGAGUUCCGGGCGGGGCGUUCCCCGCGCCCGUAGCGACCGCCGCGUUCGCGGUAGCAACGGCACCAUGGCAAAAGCAACAACCAUCAAAGAAGCUCUAGCCAGAUGGGAAGAAAAAAGUGGCCAGAAGGCUUCAGAGGCAAAGGAGGUAAAACUGUAUGGGCAGAUUCCUCCUGUGGAGAAGAUGGAUGCCGCUCUCUCUGCUCUUGUUAACUGCGAGAAACUAUCGCUAUCUACAAACUGCAUUGAUAGAAUCGCCAACUUGAACAACUUAAAAAAUUUGAGGAUUCUAUCUUUGGGAAGAAAUAACAUAAAGAACUUGAGUGGGUUGGAGGCAGUUGCUGAUUCUUUAGAGGAGCUGUGGAUCUCAUACAACUUAAUUGAGAAGCUGAGGGGUAUCCGUGCAAUGAAGAAACUGAGGGUUCUUUAUAUGUCAAAUAAUUUGGUGAAAGACUGGGCAGAGUUUGCGAGACUGUCAGAGGUGCCMUUACUAGAGGAACUGGUGUUUGUAGGCAAUCCUAUACAAGAGAGAUUUGCAGGUGAUCAGGCCAGUUGGAUCGAAGAAGCAACCAAACGGGUACCCAACCUGAGAAAGCUGGAUGGUACGCUAGUUGUUAAAGGAGGAGGAGAAGAUGAAGAAGGAGAGGAAGGAGAAGGAGCAGAAGGAGUAAACUGAUGACAUUUUCCUGUUGGGUAUUAAAGUAACUCCAGAUAGCUUGGCACAUAAACUUUUAUAAAUAUAUUUGUUUUGAAGAAAAUCUUUGGGCAGUUUUAAAAAGACCAGCUUAUCUCCACAGUCUCUCACCCAAAGAGUUAGUUACCAAAAUUGUCAAGCUUAUGACAUCUUCCGCAGAGACUAGUGGAGCUGAGUUUACCUGCUGUUUGGCUAGCAAGAGAUCUUUAUUUAAAUUAAUAGCUGUUUUAAAUUCCUGAUUAGUGGUGCUUAUUGUUCACUCUUGGGUUAUAUAAGAACCAUUUUAGCUUGUUUGGUGCUGCUGGCCAACAUUGAAUUGGAAAUACUGAAGCCAAAAGAACAAUGUUGUGGUUUAGAGACACCUGACAAGCUUUGUUGUGUUUAAUUUUGUCGUGGGACUUUCUCAGUAUUUUUAAUAUGCRAGUUUGCCUUUUCAUUCCUUGAAGUGUUAUGCCAAACAGGCCCAGCAGCUGCAGAGAUCUGCACRAAAAGAUAUUGGUCUGAUGGACGCAUCUUCCUGGCUUCAAGUUUUGAAAUGGGCUUCUCACAUUGGAACUCAACUGCAUUGCUCAGAAGGCCAUGUGUAACUUAUAUAUUUAUUUAUUUUUAAGAGGCAAAGGGAUUUCUUUGCAUGGUUUCACUAAGACUAAAAUAACUGCUUAGUUUUUUUUCCUCUUACUAAGAAAUUCCUUUAGAUUGGAAUAUGUAGCCAAUUAUCCUACAGGUGGUUUCUGGCUUUGGAUUGGGUCACUGGUGGACAUAAUCCUUUUCAGCUCUGGAAUCUUCCUAUAACUAAGUAGGUUGAUAACUAACAGAAACAAACAGCAAACAGAAGACCUGGGCUCGAGGACAGAAAAUUUUGGUUUUGGGGGUACUAACUUUUUGUGAAAGCACAGGUAUAAGCAGUGAGAGAAAGUAUCUGUAAUUAGUGGGGAAGGUAAAAUG